CAGAUGAAAUAUUACCUCCUCCUUCAGGUGCAGCUUCGUCAAAUCUUAAAUAUACAACAUAUAUUACGACCUAUACCAAAUAUAUAGCCGGUCAUUCAGAGACGUUAACAGUAACAAAUGAUGAUGGUGAUCCAACACCCACUGUGAAAUCAGUUUAUCCAACAACUGUUGUUAUAAUUCGAAGAGUAACUGCUGCAUUGGUUCAAGAAACUGGGUCAUCUAACAUAA